AUGACCGAACCCCACAAGAAGAGAUUAGCUGUCAUGACCUCGGGAGGUGACUCCCCAGGCAUGUGCGGUGCCGUCCGUGCAGUUGUGCGCAUGGCGAUUCACCUAGGAUGCGACGCCUACUGUGUCUACGAAGGUUACGAGGGUCUCGUCCAGGCAGGCCGUCUCAUUGCUGCCAAGAAUAUGAUCCUCAAUGGCAUCGACGCCCUCAUCAUUUGCGGCGGAGAUGGCUCCUUGACUGGUGCUGACAAGUUCCGCUCCGAGUGGCCCAGUCUCAUUGAGGAGCUCGUCAAGACUGGCGAAUUCACCCAGGAGCAAGUCGAGCCAUACCAGCACCUCAACAUUGUCGGCGUUGUCGGUUCGAUUGAUAAUGAUAUGUCAGGCACGGACUCUACGAUUGGUGCCUACUCUGCUCUCUCCCGAAUCUGCGAGAUGGUCGAUUACAUCGAGGCCACUGCGUACUCCCACUCUCGCGCCUUUGUCAUUGAAGUCAUGGGUCGCCACUGCGGUUGGCUCGCUCUCAUGGCUGGUGUUGCCACCGGUGCCGAUUUCAUCUUCAUUCCCGAGAGGCCAAGAGCCGAGGAUUGGCAGGUCGAGAUGUGCGAUAUCGUGAGGAGGCACCGGAAGCUCGGCAAGAGGAAGACAAUUGUCAUCAUUGCAGAGGGCGCCAUCGACAAAGACGGCGAGAAGAUCACGCCUGAGAUGGUCAAGGACCUGUUGGCCGACAAGGAUGGGCUGGCUCUCGACACGCGUAUCACCACUCUCGGCCACGUGCAGCGUGGCGGCACUGCCGUAUCGUACGACCGCAUGCUCGCUACCCUGCAGGGUGUCGAGGCUGUCAAGGCGGUUCUUGAGGCCACCCCCGAGACUCCCACCUGCUUCAUCGCUAUCAACGAAAACAAGAUUGUGCGAAAGAACCUGAUGGAGGCCGUCAAGGACACAAAGGCAGUAGCCAGCGCCGUCCAGGCCAAAGACUUUGACAGGGCCAUGAGCCUACGCGAUCAUGAAUUCUUGGACCAAUACAAGUCGUACAUGAUGACGACCAAUGUUCACAUGGAUGACGGGGAAAAAGUUCCCGAAAUGGAGAGGAUGAAGAUUGCCUUCAUCAACGUUGGCGCGCCCGCAGGUGAGCUCCCCGCGGAAUCUGGCAUGGAAACCAUUGCCAAUCUGAUUGAGCAAUACCGCUUUGACGCCCUCUUCCUCAUCGGAGGAUUCGAGGCGUUCCAUGCCGUUUCUCAGCUUCGCGCGGCUCGCGACGAAUACCCGUCCCUGUGCAUCCCCGUUUGCGUUCUUCCCGCCACCAUCUCGAAUAACGUCCCAGGUACCGAGUACUCCCUCGGCUCCGAUACCUGCCUCAACGAAUUGGUCAACUACUGCGACAAGAUCAAGCAGUCCGCGUCCGCAACUCGCCGCCGAGUAUUCGUCAUCGAGACCCAAGGUGGAAGGUCCGGGUACGUGGCUACUCUUGCAGGUCUUACGGUGGGUGCGUCUGCCGUAUACACGCCCGAGGAAGGAAUUACGCUUGAUAUGCUUGCGGCCGAUGUCAAGCACUUGAAGGAGGUCUUCAAGAAGGACCGCGGCCAGUCUCGUGCCGGCCGACUUCUUCUGGUCAACGAAAAGGCGAGCAAGGUUUACAACGCCAAGCUGAUUGCGGACAUUAUCCGCGAGGAAGCCAACGAGCGUUUCGAGAGCCGGGACAGCAUCCCCGGACAUGUCCAGCAGGGUGGUGUCCCAUCUCCCAUCGACCGUUGCCGAGCUGUUCGCUUGGCGAUCAAGUGCAUCCAGCACCUCGAAUCCUUUGGCCGUCGCGCGCAGAACAAGGUCAAGCAUGACCCAUACAGCACCGUUGUCAUUGGAAUCAAGGGUGCCAGCGUCGUUUUCACUCCCGUGGCCGAGCUUGAGGAGACUGACACGGACUGGCCCAACCGCCGCCCCGUCAGCUCCCAUUGGGCGGGGCUCAAAGAUAUCGUCGACAUUUUGGGCGGCCGCAACGACUACCCCAAGCCUGAGCCGAAACUCGGGGGCACCAAGGCGAAGGAUGUGAAAAGGGGGCUUCAAUGA